AGGAGGAUAUAAGACCUUGACCUUGUAUAUAUAAGUCUCAUUACCUAUAGUAGGAUUGGGUAGACCAAAAUGGAACCAAAUAAUAAUCCUUCAAACGAGGAGGCCAAAGAGCUAUUAGAAGCAGUAACACAUAUAUCCAACCAUAAUAUAGCUUACCUAAAUUCCAUGGCCUUAAAAUGUGCCGUUGAACUAGGCAUCCCCGAAGCCAUUCACAAACACGGCAAACCCAUAACCAUCGACGAGCUCGCUCGUGCUCUUUUAAUCCAUCCCUCCAAGGCUCCGUCCUUACAUCAAUUGAUGCGUCUUCUUGUUCACUCCAAAUUCUUCGCAACUAAAACUUUAACCAAUAAUAAUAAUGGAGACGAAACAUUAUUAUUUGAUCUUACACUAAACUCACAACUUCUUUUGAAAGAUCAUCCUUUAACUCAAGCACCCUUAACUCUUAUGGGAGCCGAUCUACUAGUAGCUAACCCGGCACAUAAUUUUGCUACGUGGUUUCAAAAUCAAGAUGUUAAAACUUUUGAGUCUCCUUUUUAUUUUACUUAUGGAAGGCAUUUAUACGAAGGUGUGCCUAGUGAUGAUACAAAAUUCAAUGAUUUGUUUCAACAAGCUAUGAAAAGUGAUUCUCAAAUGAUUGCUCGUGUGCUAUUGACUAGUAACGAGUUCAAGGGCGUAAUGCACGGUGUUGAGUCGUUAGUCGACGUUGGUGGAGGCGAUGGAACUAUGGCUAGUUCCAUUGCCGUGGCCUAUCCUGAUGUCAAAUGUACCGUGUUCGAUCUACCAAACGUAGUCGAAGGGAUACAAAGAAAGGAGAAGGUAGAAAACUUGACAUAUGUUGCAGGUGACAUGUUUGAAGCCAUUCCUCAUGCUCAAGUCAUCUUACUCAAGUGGAUAUUGCACAAUUGGAGCGACGAGAAUUGCAUAAACGUGCUUAAGCGAUGCAAAGAAGCAAUUCCAAGUAGGGACAAAGGAGGCAAGUUGUUGAUCAUAGACAUGGUGGUUGGGAUUCCAAGUAACAAUCUAAACCAAUUUCUAGCAGAUGUGAACAUGAUGUCUGUUUUGGGAGGAAAAGAAAGAACUGAACAACAAUGGAAAUAUCUUUUCAUCAAUACCGGCUUUAGCGAUGACUAAAAUUUUACCAAUUUUAGAGCCGAGAUCUGUUAUUGAAGUCUAUCCUGCAUAAUUUCAAUUAUACUGAUUUUAGGGCUAAGAUCUGUUGUUAAAGUCUAUCCUGUAUGAUUUCAAUUAUCCCGAUAUUAGUAUUUUAUAUCAUCUCUUUCCGUUAAGUU